GGCUCACCGGACGCGUCACACGUUGUGCCCGGAUGGAAGCCAUGGAUGCGUCACGAGGAGGUGUGCCGCAUCCUCACAGUGAGGAUGCACUGGUCAUGCUGGUUCUCUUCCUCUUCCAGUGGGUGAACAGACGGAACGCGGCAGCGUUGGCGGUCAUGGAGGCAGUAUCGGUGAUGCCUUUCCUCCACCAAAAUGUCUCCACUGCGGUAACACUCCUGGCGGGGGGGAUCUUGCACGAUUUUGUGUUGGGUUCGUUGGCUGUGGAGGAGAUGGGGAGGACAAUGGACCGCAGACGUCGUCAGUGGGUGUUGGAGCACAGCGGCGGUGUGUGGAAGGAUCUCCAGCGAGUGGGGGGUGAGCACGACAAGGUAUUCGUGCGGUUUUGCAGACUCCCACGGCCGUUGUUCUUCGAAGUUCUCGCUCGCAUCAGCCCGCACAUCCAGUGCUCACCCACGAACUUCAGACUGCCAAUAUCCGCCGGACAGAAGUUCGCAUGUGCUCUGAUGAGAUGGGCAACUGGCGGAUAUUACAGGCAGUCCUCCCACAGUUUGGGCAUGGGUCUCGCGAGUGCUUUGUGCAGCAACGAGGACGUGGCGGACACCCUAAUCCGGGAGUACGGCCACCUCCUACGCUUCCCUACAGGACAACGGCUGGAGGACGUGCAGAACGACUUCGAGCGGAAAGGGUUCCCCGGAGCUGUGCGAAUCUCGCCACUCUACGUACAGGCUACGUCGGGUAGAGGAGUGCUGGCUGAGGGGGGUGCCAUGCUACACGGCGGUAGACAUAUUGGGCGGUAUAUGCUUGGUGAUCAAGGGUACCCCCUUCUCCCGUGGCUCAUGACUCCUUUCGGCCGGUUUGCUGUGACGUCGGCGGAUCGUGCCUUCGACGUGAGUCACAGUGCAGUGAGGUCGUGCAUCGAGCGGACAUUCGGCCGUUUGAAGGCGGUGUGGAGGAACUUCAUUCGCAGACACAUUUGCAACUUGAAGACCGUCUGCAAAGAGUUCAUGGCCGUGUGCAUUCUUCACAACCUCAUGAUCGACCACGACAUGGAGAUCGACCUUGCGUUGAUGAAAGACAUCAGUGACAGCGAUGGAGACGAUCACCAUCGCGGGGACCGUAGGCGACGCAGGCGCCGGCGCAGGUUCAACCGCCAUAUGUCGAACUUGAACAUCGAGGUUGUGCUGGAGGAUGACCCUACUUAUGGGGGGGAUCUCGCCAAACACGUCAGGGCAAGCCUGGUUGAGCAUGUGCGACACCACUCUGCAGUCCACGGAGCUUCGGCGCCAUGCCCGUGGCAGCAGUGGUGUUCUGUCGACGCAAAAGUCGCGUGUGUCUCCCCUCGCAUUCGGGGAGAUGGCGAAAGGGUUGAAGAAGAGGUUGCUGUAGCUGAUGGUCGAUCAUCUACAGCGGUGUUUUCGUAGAGAAGUCGUGUGUGUGUCAUUUACGUCAUUCGUAGAUCCUGUCGGGUUCACAGGAGCGUAGUCUUCGUUAGACGUACUGGAAGAUUGUGUCCGCGACGGGGGUUUUGGAAAACCCGUUGGUGCGAAUUCCAUGGUCGUUAUGCUUCGUAAUUGUAAUUGGUAAUGACUUUUGUUGGUUGUCUUCAUUCGCAGUCGGUCAUGAUUUUUGUCCGUUUCGUCAUGUAAUAUUUGUUCACCCAUGCAUAUGAACACAUAAAUCAAAGCAUUGAUGUCGG